AUGAAGGAAUACCCACACCCACACACCCACACCCACACCCUCAAGAUAGUGCCUUGUCCAGCGGGACUUGUUUGGAAUAGUGAUGGACAAAUAUGUGACUGGAAACCCACUGAACCUAUUGUCGAUUGUGUCAGCAGUCAGAAGAUAAAUUGUCGUGCAAAAACCAGAUGGGCAACAAACGGAAAUGUUAUUGUAGGUGUUAACAAUGAAUCAGGUCGAGAUUCUCAACAUUUGAAUGCACCCAGCGGAAUUUUCAUUGAUACUCGACAUGAAAACAAUGUAUAUGUUGUUGAUGGAAAUAACUAUCGUGUUCAAAAGUUUUUAGGUAACUCAUUGGCAAGCGAUGGUAUUACUAUCGCCGGUGGCAAUGGAUACGGGUCUGAACCCAAUCAACUUAAGACACCUGUUGAUGUAUAUGUUGAUGCGAAUGAAAAUGUUUACGUUGGUGAUAGUAGUAAUCACCGAAUUCAAAUGUGGCCGAAAGGUGCUACUAGUGGUAUCACCGUUGUCGAUACAGACGGUACAGGUGAAUACGAAAACCGUGUUGGUAAUUUUCACAGUAUGUUCUUCCAUGAAAAGACAAAUACAUUCUACUUGCCGGAUGUUUUCAAAAAACGAGUCGUAAAAUUCGUAAACGGCAGUAAUAUUGGCACUGUUGUAGUAGGGCAAGACGGUGAUGAAUUCCCUUCCAAGAUCCUAUACGGACCAACUGGCGUUUUUGUCGAUGAUUGUGAAACUCUUUAUGUUGCCGAUGCAGGAGGCAGUCGUAUACAAAAAUUCUUGAAGGGCUCAACCGAAGGCAUUACAGUUGCUGGCGACUAUCAAGAAGGAUCGAAUGCUAUUCAAUUCAAGUAA